AUGGCCGAGCGGCAGACGCACACAUGGACACGCCGCAAAGUCUGCAAGGAAAGCAAAUGGAGACAGAGAGUCAUUUUCCUGGACGACAGCGAAUGCACCUUCGAGGUGGAGCAAAACGUUUUGGGCUGCGACUUCUUCAACAAAGUGUGCAGUCACCUGAAGCUGCUGGAGAAGGAAUACUUUGGCCUGGAGUACCGACACCACGGCGGCAACUACGUGUGGCUGGAGCUGCUCAAGCCGCUAGCAAAGCAGAUUCAAUACGCCAACGAUCAGUUCUUCAGGUUCACGGUCAAGUUCUUCCCUCCGGACCCGGGACAACUCAAGCGGGGCCUCACUCGGUACCUUUUUGCCUUGCAGAUCAAGCAGGACCUGGCCAGCGGAAGUCUGACCUCUAAUGACAACAGCGCCGCCCUGCUGGUCUCUCACAUAUUGCAGUCAGAACUCGGGGACUACGACGAGGAGCUGGACUGUCAGCACCUGGGGAUGAAGCAGUACGUCCCCAACCAGGAGUACCUGGACCACAAGAUCCUCCGCUUCCACAAGAAACACAGAGGUUCGUCCCCGGCCGAGUCGGACGUCCACCUCCUGGAGUUGGCCAGGAAGCUGGACAUGUACGGCAUCAGGCCGCAGUCGGCCAGCGACGGCGAGGGCGCGCGCAUCAGUCUGGCCGUCACGCACUGCGGCGUGCUGGUCUUUCAGGGGAACACCAAGAUCAACGUGUUCAGCUGGGCCAAGAUUCGCAAACUGAGCUUCAAACGCAAACAUUUCCUCAUCAAGCUGCACGACGCCGUCGGGCCGACCCGCAAGGACACGCUGGAGUUCCGCAUGGCAACUCGCGAUGUGUGCAAAGCGUUCUGGAAAACGUGCGUGGAGUACCACGCCUUCUUCCGGCUGGCCGAGGAGCCCAAGGCGGCGCACAAGAUGCUGCUGCUGUCGUCCAAAGGCUCCAGCUUUAGAUACAGCGGGCGCACACAGAAGCAGCUGCUGGAAUGCUUGGGAUCGAGCGACAAGAAGCCCCCGCACUUUGACAGCACUUCCCGUCGGUCGGACUUCGACUCCCGGCAGUGCCGAUCUUCUCCCGAUCUCCUCACCGACGUCUCCAAACAACAGCGUGAGGGCGCCACUUGUGCCUCGGCGCUCCGGAGUCCAGAGCGCGGCCGGCCGUACGCCACCGCGAGGUGCCGCAGCCUCGCCCGGGUCACGCCCCUCUCGCCACGGGUGCGACCGCCGUCGUCGACGGAGGAGGCGCGGGACCGAGCGCCCGGGCUGACCGCCGUCUACGGCAACCGCUCGCGACGCCGACCCGUCCCGCGCCCGGACGCGCCGCAGCAGCUCGUCCUUCUCUACCCCAACAGUCCCGCCUACCGGUACCGCCCGUUGCUGCCGACAUUCCCGCGCCCGUACAUCUGGGACCACGCCGCCUCGCUGGAGUGCCUGCCGCAGACGAGGAGGCGGGACGGGCGACCGUGGCCGUCUUACUGCCCGCGAGGUCGGGCCGGUCCGGCCGAGGCGUACCGCGCGGGAAGCGGCGGGGCGGGGCUCACGUGCCGUACGGAGGCCGGGCAUUACAGCGACGACUGCAGCUUCCUCCCGGGGCUCCCUCGCCAACCGGACGUCAACUUCCACAUCCCCGCGUCGGAAUUCCGCCCGCUGGGUUACUAUCCCCACUUGUCGCGCCCCGCCAGGCCCACCUACCUGCCACUCAACGCCGCCCCUCUGCCCCAACACCCCGCGGGAAGCUACAGCGACUCCGAGCCUGACGUUUUCUACCCGUAUUAUUGCCCGCCGCUGCGGCCCGGCCGACCGGCACGGAUGAGGCUCUCCUCCGGGAGCCUCCAGCUGGAUGAGGAGGACGAGGAGGCGCUGAAGAGAGAGGAGACCAAAGGCGUGACAAAGGUCACAUUGUAGGCACAU